GUUCCUCACUCUCUCUUUCUCUCACUCUGCCUCAAUACUCUUCUGUAUCUGCUUCAUUUUGAUAGCAAAGAAAGCAGAAGUAUAUUGGUUGGCACAGCUUGAGAUUUGUGAGGAAUAGGAGGCUUUGGAACUAUAGAAAAGUUCAAACUUUCCUGUACUUUCCAUCUCUAGAAACAGAUUGAGAGAGAGAGAAGGAAAGAGAGAUCUCAUUCUUUUUUUCUCUGAGUUUCCUUGUAAUCAAGGUUCUUUUGGGUGGCUGUUUUUCUUACCAUAUAAAGGGCUUUGAGCCAAACCCAUUUCAGCUCAUUUUCUUCACAAUUCAAUCUGUCAUUUGUUGAGUGAGAGUGAGAGUGAUAGAAAUAAGAAAGAGAUCUAGGUGUUGUUGGAAAUUAGUGCAAUUUGAAGCUUUUUUUCCUUCUUCAUUCUCAAAUCCUCUGUUUUCCUCUGUGUAUGCUCUGUUGAGAGAGAGAGAGAGAGAGAGAGGAGGGAUGGCUGAAACUUCAAGCAAAAUCCUCAUCCCGGAGACAUUCCAGGGCUAUGGAUACGACAUUACAGGCCAAAUUGGUAUGAUGUGGGAGCUAAUCAAAGAGCCAUUGAUAGUUCCCCUGCUAAACCUCAUGGUUUAUGUAUCUUUAGCCAUGUCUCUCAUGCUUUUCUUUGAGAGGGUUUACAUGGGUAUUGUUAUCAUUCUGGUCAAACUCUUCUGGAAGAAACCAGAAAAACGCUACAACUACGAGCCCAUUCAAGAAGAUGUGGAAAUGGGCAACUCAAAUUUCCCUGUUGUUCUAAUCCAAAUCCCCAUGUUCAAUGAAAAAGAGGUUUACAAGAUCUCUAUUGGUGCUGCAUGUGGACUUUCAUGGCCGUCCGAUCGACUUGUGAUCCAAGUGUUAGACGAUUCAACAGACCCAACAAUCAAGCAAAUGGUGGAAGUGGAGUGCCAGAGAUGGGCAAGCAAAGGCAUAAAUAUAACGUACCAAAUAAGAGAAAACAGAACGGGGUACAAAGCAGGGGCUCUGAAAGAAGGAUUAAAGAGAGGGUAUGUGAAACACUGCGAGUACGUGGCCAUUUUCGACGCUGAUUUUAGACCAGAGCCUGACUUUUUGAAACGAGCUAUCCCUUUCUUGGUCAACAACCCCGACAUUGCUUUGGUUCAAGCCCGGUGGAGAUUUGUGAAUGCUGAUGAGUGCCUGUUGACAAGGAUGCAAGAGAUGUCAUUGGAUUAUCAUUUCACAGUUGAGCAAGAAGUUGGUUCAGCAACACAUGCAUUCUUUGGCUUCAAUGGCACUGCUGGUGUUUGGAGAAUUGCUGCUAUCAAUGAUGCAGGUGGGUGGAAAGACAGAACCACGGUGGAGGAUAUGGAUCUUGCUGUUCGUGCUGGUCUCAAGGGAUGGAAAUUUGUCUACCUUGGUGACCUACAGGUAAAAAGUGAACUUCCUAGUACUUUCAAAGCCUUCCGUUUCCAGCAGCACCGAUGGUCUUGUGGUCCUGCUAAUCUAUUCAGGAAAAUGGUGAUGGAGAUUGUAAAGAAUAAGAAAGUCACAUUCUGGAAGAAAGUGUAUGUCAUAUACAGUUUCUUCUUUGUGAGGAAAAUCAUAGCCCAUAUGGUUACCUUUUUUUUCUACUGUGUUGUACUUCCCCUUACCAUAUUGGUUCCUGAAGUUUAUGUACCGAUUUGGGGAGCUGUUUAUAUUCCUUCAAUUAUCACCAUUCUCAAUUCGGUUGGAACUCCAAGGUCAAUUCACCUUUUAUUUUACUGGAUCCUUUUUGAGAAUGUUAUGUCUUUGCACCGAACCAAGGCAACUUUGAUUGGUCUGCUAGAAGCAGGGAGAGCCAAUGAAUGGGUUGUCACUGAAAAAUUAGGAGAUGUUCUCAAGAAGAAAGCAGCAGAGGCUGCCAAGAACAAAACUGGUGCCAAAAUUUUAAGAAUACCAAAAUUCAAGUUUGGGGAUAGACUUCAUCUGUUGGAGCUUGGUUUUGGAGUUUUCCUCUUCUUCUGUGGAUGCUAUGAUUUCGUGCACGGGAAGAACAACUACUUCAUAUACCUCUUCCUCCAAACGAUUACCUUCCUCAUUGCAGGAUUUGGCUACGUUGGCACCAUAAUCUAGAGGCAUAAUCCCUUAUUUAUUUUACAUUAAAAUUGACACAAUCCUAUAUUGUUUGUCAUUCCUCGUCUUUCUCCUCUACAACAAAAUAUGUAAGUGGGGGGUUAUAUGCGCCAUUGUCGAUUUCAAGUAAUUUAUAUUCAUCAUGUCGGCGGAAGAAGUUCUUCCUAUUCCUUAUCUCAGCAAAUAUCUUUGAUAGCUCAAGUAAAAAAUAGAAGCUACAGAAGAAAAUUUUGCUGUUACUGUUUGAAACACAUUAUACGGAAUCAACUUUCAAGAAAGAAGCAGAAAAACAGCGAGUAUCAUUUAGACAAGGUGAUCCUGUUAUUUUUCUUCAAAUAGAUUGUUGGAAAUUGUCAAAUUUUGUUCUUUUUCUUUCUUUGGUGGUUUGCCAUUUGUAGUUUCUCCUACAUUGUGGGAAAUAAACUCAUGGAUAAACCAACCAAAAAAAAAAAAAAAAAAAAAGGUGUGAAUUGUAAUUGCAAUUUAUUUAGCAUUGAAUAUCUUUUUAGGCUUCUUUCUCAGUGUGUAUCAUUUUCAGAACUAAAUUUAAUUAUAUAGAGCAUGAAGAGGACUUUUCAUA